AUGAACGAAGGAGGAGCCGCCCCCUGGAACCGCACCCCCUCCCCCACUUCCUUCCUCCACACCCUUGCCCCACCCACAGUAGUCCUUGCACUGUCCCGCACACGGCAGCCAGUCCCCCCACCCCCCCACACACAGCAGCAGCCGCGGGAGGGGAGAGGCAGGGCAGAGGGUGGUGCUGCAUUGGCUCACGGCGGCCACCAUAUCCCCACCACCUCCCCCCCAAUAGUCGCACUCGCAGAGGGGAAGGUGACAAGGGAGGUUCGGGCGGCGGAUAGUAGGUGGGGCGGCGGGGAAGAGGAGGUGCAGCGGAGUGCUGCUGGUGCUGUUACUGGCGGUCGCAGCGACUGUCGCUGCACGACGGGGGAACAGUCGCGAAAGCGGGUGACGAGAAGGGGCCACGACGGAGAAAGGGGAGGCGACGAGAGGCGAAGGGGACGGUGGCAAGGACUGCAGGUGCUGCUGGCGCAGCUGUCGCGGUUGGCGCUGGUUUGCGUCACUGUCGCGACUGGCGCCGGUCGGCGCAGAUGUCGCUGCUGGAGCUGGUCGUUUGCGGCUGGCGGAUGGUUCGACGGCGGAUCCGUCGGCUCGCAGGCUGGUGGGUCCUUUGGCGGGUGA